UUUGGUUCUCUUGGGUCGACCCGUCGGGAGGAAAAGAAGUUUGCUCUGCGCGGUGUUUUUACGCAGGCGCAGUUCAUGCUGUUUGUGCAGUUUCGCUGAUUGACUUUUACCUGUGAGGUAAACUGGUAGUUUCGGUUCAGCGGCGGGGAAAAGGCGCUGCAGCCGUCGGUUCGGUUCGGUCCAGAGGCGGUGGAGGCUUCCCCGUCGUCCUCCUCCCGUCUGCUCCGGUGUGCGGCUCACGGUCCCCGCUGCGGAGCCUCGGACGGGAUUUCUCCGGGAUUUUAGAGUCGGUGCGCAACAGCGAGGAGGAGGCAGGUGGACUGACAGGACAGGACGAGGGGAGGAGGAGGAGGAGGAGGAAGAGCAGUCCAUCCGUUCACUCCGGACCCAGCGAGUGGAAAUCAACUGGUUGGUCUAAUCUGGUUCAAUUUUAUUAGUAUGCGGCUGGAGUCCCCCCGCUGCUGAGCGGCAGCCCUGAAGUCUCCUCCAAGCCUGCUGAGUGACUCCUCGCCCCGGGGAGGACGUGGGGAAGAAGGCGGACCGCCGCGGCCGCUGCGAGGGGCGGAUUUCACGGACACGCCGCGGACCCGGUCGCACUCCGGAUCGGGAAGAUGAUGGGCUUUCUGCGCCGGACGUUCAGCCGCCGCUCCCGCUUCCAGACGAGAGAGACGGACGAGCGGGACGGAGGAGGGGUGACGGGGAACCCCCUGCUGCUGCCCCACCAGCAGCAGGUCGUCCACGCUCCCGCCGUGGUCAGCGGGGGAGCCACGGUCCACAUCCCGGCGGCGGGCACGGCGAGGAGCACCAUCACCUGCCGCGUCCUGCUGCUGGACGGCACGGAUGUCAGCGUGGAUUUACCUAGCAAAUCCAAAGGCCAGGACCUUUUUGAUCAGAUCAUGUACCACAUAGAUCUGGUUGAGACGGAUUAUUUCGGACUGCAGUUCAUGGACACAGAUCAAGUUUCGCACUGGCUGGAUAUGUCCAAGUUUCUGAAGAAACAGAUACCUGAAGGGCCGCCUUACCGACUCUUCUUCAGAGUGAAAUUUUACUCUUCAGAGCCAAAUAACCUGCGAGAGGAAUUCACACGGUAUCUUUUUGUGCUGCAGCUUCGACAGGACAUUUUGUCUGGCAAAUUAAAAUGUCCGUACGAUGUGUCAGUGGAGCUGGCGGCAUAUUGUUUACAAAGUGAGCUUGGCGACUGCGACCCGUUGGACCACUCCCCGGAACUGGUGUCAGAGUUUCGUUUCACUCCCAAGCAGAGCGAGGCCAUGGAGGCAGACAUCUUCAGCAGGUGGCUGGAUCUCAGGGGACAGAGCCCGUCUCAAGCAGAGAUUUCUUUUCUCAACAAAUGCAAGUGGCUGGAACUUUAUGGCGUAGAUAUGCACUUUGUCAAGGGCAGAGAUGGAGGAGAAUAUGCACUUGGUCUCACCCCGACUGGUAUCUUAGUUUUUGAAGGCUCCAAUAAAAUUGGACUUUUCUUUUGGCCCAAAAUCACCAGGCUGGAUUUCAAAAAGAGCCGCCUGACGUUGAUGGUGGUGGAGGACGAUGAUCAGGGUCGCGAGCAGGAGCACACCUUCGUGUUCCAGCUGGCCAGCUCCAAGAGCUGCAAACACCUGUGGAAGUGCGCCGUGGAGAGCCAUGCCUUCUUCCGCCUGCGCCAGCCGACCGCCGGCAAGGCGAGCCGAAGCGACUUCACGCGGCUCGGCUCCCGCUUCAGAUUCAGUGGAAAGACGGAGUAUCAGGCCACUCAUGGAGGGAGACUGAGGAGAGCCAGCACGUUUGAGAGGAGGCCGAGCAAACGGUACCCCUCCCGCACACAGUCGCUGGGCAAAGUUGCUAUUUCCCCUGCGAAGCCUCUGCAUAUCAGCUCGCAUGCCAGCCCAGAUCCCAGUCCACAUGCGCUUCUCCAUGAUCCUCUUCAGUUCCAACACAACAUUCCUAUCGGUCACGAGCCUUGGCAUCCGCCCCACACGGCUCUUACGCCCCCAGUUUACCUGCAGCCCUCCGGUCACACGCCGUCACACAGCUUCCCGCUGAGCAGUUCUGCUUCAGACCAUCAGUACAGCUCAUCAGAGAAUGAAAAUUCGCAUCCUGGCAAGACCCACCAUCAUCACCGCCGCCACACACACAGCCAAGACACACUCUGCCACACACACACCAAGAACAAACGUCGAGCUCCGCCCUGCCCUGCAGAUGGCAUGGAAAUCUCUCAGUCGCUGCUCAAAGCUCUGGACACGGACAGGGAUUCUCCUCCAUGGCCUUCGCUGCACAUAAACAUCGACAACAAGGGAGAAGAGAAACAACUAUCGGAAAAGUCUCUGCACCCUCCUGCUUCCCCAGCGAUGCUCCCAGAUCAUCUCAAAUGUAACAUCCUCAAAGCCCAGAUGGAGGCAGCUUUCAGGAAGGAUGCUCCUACGACGCCCAGAGGGAGAAGCUCAAAUGACACCAGCAGUGACAGGUAUCAGAGUUCAUCGCAAGACUCAGCAGCUUCCAGCGUGACAGCGGAGAAGACGCCCCGCAGGCAGGAUCGUAGUUUCACCCCAGAGAAGCUGCAGGCCAAGGGCAACCCGAGCUCCAACCGGAGGAAACGUCUGGUCCGACAGUUCAGCUUCAACCACGAAGACGAAGAUAACCUCCCAGAAGCGCUUGCAGCCAUUUCCUCUCAGAGCGCAGGAAAGUCAGGGUCCAGCAGCUCCCUGGACAAACAGAUUCAACCAUCCAUCUACCCGCAGCUCCAUGCCCCACCUGGCCCCUUACCUCACUGCUCAUAACAACAGGUAACAUCCAGACCUCAGUAGCUUUAAACCAGUACUGUGUACAAGUAAGACUUGCAGCCAUUUUCAUGCCUUUUUUUUAAAAAUCUUUGUUGUUUUUGAAAAAGUGCUUGGCCCUCAUUGAUGUUCUCUUUCAUAUUUAAGUCUUUCGGAUCAUCAAAAAUAAUCAAAAGUAACCCUAGUAAAUACAAAAUAGCAACAAUAAACUGUCUAAACCAAUUAUAUUGCUAAAUCAUGAAUUAGCCACAUUUUUUGAGUUUCAUUUUAACACGAAGCAGGUUUAAAGGUCGUGGAAAUCUAUCAGUCUAUCAGAAAAGUAUUCGCAAUAAACCAAGUAAGAAUUAUUUUUAAAUAAACAAAUCAAGUCACCAAGUUGUUUUGGAGAAAAGGAUCAUAGAUCAAAAAAUUCUGAUGUUUUUUGGGACUCCAUAAAUAUUUCGGUGACAUAAUGAUCCAAAACCCUCCAGCAAAUAGAUCUCUGAAUGGCUUCAAAAUAAAAAACAAAGUGUUGGAUAUAGUUCAGUGCCAAGUUUAUCUGACUGAAACUCUGGCAUAAAACAAAAUGGGGACCAAAAUUCCUCCACAGCGACUCUUUGCAAUUUCCUGUAAAACUUGUGAUGGUAGCCAUUUUGGCCAAACAGUUACUGGGUUUCCCUCCUAAAUAAAUUAAAUAAUUUGAGCACUUUUUUUGUAUUUACUCAGGUUAUAUUUAUAUUAUAUUAAAAUUGGUCUUAUGAUCUGAAACAUUGAUUAUUUUUUUUGCUUUCUUUGGUCAGACUUAGAUGUGAGUGUCAUCACUUUCUCUCCUAUGUGCUUUCACGUUUUAUACCUGUUUAGGAAAAUGUCCCGUUGCAUGUGAACUUGGCUGAAUCUUAUGCUCUCCUCCUGGCGUCAUACUUGCUUUUAUGCUCUUUAAACAAAUUUAAUCAUAAAGGAUGCAUAUAUUUUUUUGUUUCUUGAUCCUAAACUUGGACACUUUCUGUUGUAAAACCCACAAAAAACCAAACCAGUCUUAUUUCCAACAAUGUUUAUUACAUCCUGUCAUGCUAAUUUCUUGUGUUUGUGUGUUUGUAGCGGAGAGGAAAUUAAACUGGACCGAGAGAAGAUCCUGAGAGCCCUGCUGAUGACAGAACUUUGAGAUUUUUUAUUUUUACCAAUGAACCUUGUGACCAGAAACUCAAAGGUGUCAGACGUUAGUCGCUAUUUGUACAUUUGCAAUAAAAUAUAACAGAUUUUAAAAUAUAUUUGCAUAACUGUAAAUUGUUAUAUUUGCUUACCUGUUUUAGAACAAUGUUUUGGUUGUAUCUAUUGAACUGUAAAAGGACUCCCUCAUCACAAACUACAUAUCUGCUGGUGCUGCCUGCAUGAGACAUUUAUUUUUCUUUCUGUGAUUACAUUGUUUGUUUUGGGGUUAUGUCUGGGUUUUUAUGUUUAUUUAAACAUCUCUGAGCCCGCGCUAAAGCUUUAAGCAAUUGUGGAAGCUCUGAUCUCCUCAUACAAGUACUGUUAAAGUGAAGCCACGUUCAAAUCAGGCUAUUCCCACUGUAAAUAGACAUUGUAAUUAUUGUGCCUAUGACGAAAGGAGGUCCUGUAAAUGCUUACUUCCGUACUGUAUUUAUGUGAAAUAUCCAUUUUUACAUGCCAAAACAUUUGCAGUAUUUAUGGUUAGAAACUUUUGAAGAGAAUGUGUUUGAAGUGACUCAGAUGUUGAAAUUGUGCAGCACCGUUUGCAGACUGCCCACUAGAAGGAGACAAAUCCGACGCGUCGCUGCAGCUCUGCUCCUGUUUUUCUGGUUUUCAGAAGGAGGAGGACUCACUGCUAUUUUUUUACAUGCAAUUUCCAUCGCAGCUCAAAUGCAAAUCUGUUCUAAGAGAGCAUGUUCUUGGAAAUAAAGAUUAUCUUGUUGCUCCACUA